AUGAGCAACACAGUGAUCCUGGGAUCCGGGAUCAUAGGCCUCUCGAUCGCGCACUACCUCGCAGACCACCAGCCCGGCUCGACGAUCCAUCUCGUCGAGGCCUCGCCGGAGCUCUUCGCCUCGGCUUCGGGGUACGCGGGGGGCUUCCUCGCGCGGGACUGGUUCUCGCCCGCGUCCGCGGCGCUUGGAGCUUUGAGCUUCGACGAACACAGGAAGCUCGCUGAAGAGCACAACGGCAGGGAGAAAUGGGGGUGGUCGACGAGCACGACCUUUAGUCACUCCGCCGCACCGGGAAAGACGAGCAAGGGGGAUGCCGACUGGCUACGCGACGGCGGCAGCCGAGCCGACGUGGUUGAGUAUGGUGAGGCUCCUGGCGACGGCCCGCCGUGGCUGCGCAGAGAGCAUGGCGAUGACGUCCAAAUAAUCGGGGAGGCGGACACCACGGGCCAAGUGGAUCCCCUCCGUCUCUGCCACUUCCUCCUGGACCAGUGCCGGUCCGCCGGCGUCCGUCUCCACCACCCGGCCGCCGUCCUCUCCGUCAGCACCGACCUUCGCGGCGAUCUCGCCUCGGUCCGCAUCGGUGAGACGACGUCCUCCACCGAGACCGACGUGCCCUGCACCCGCCUCGUCGUCGCCGCCGGUGCUUGGUCGCCUCGCGUCUUCUCUCAGCUGUUCCCGGGCGCAUCUCUUGAGGUGCCCGUUUCCAGCCUGGCAGGCCACUCCCUCGUCGUGAAGCGUUCCCGGUCAAGUGAGACGCAGCCGCCGGGGUGUCACGCCAUCUUCAGCACCGACGGCGCGGGGUUCUCGCCGGAGCUCUUCUCGAGAGUCGGAGGACACAUUUACAUUGCUGGCGUGAACUCGUCCAUUCCCCUCCCACCGCUGCCGGGCGAGGCACCCGUCUCCGCCGAGGCCAUCGCGCAGCUCAAGAGCACGGCGGAGCGCAUCGUCGACGGCGGCGGUGUGGAGCUCGAGGUCGUCAGGCAGGGCUUGUGCUUCCGGCCAGUGACGACUUCGGGGGCGCCCAUAUUGACCCGAGUCCCGGACGGGCGGUUGGGCGGAGUGUCAACACGCGCCGGCGCCGAUGGCGGGGUGUUCCUCGCGGCGGGGCAUGGGCCGUGGGGCAUCAGUCUGAGUCUCGGGACGGGGCGGGUCAUGGCCGAGCUGAUGCAGGGACGCAAGUUAAGCGCCGACAUCUCCAGGCUGGCCUUGACGUGA